CACAUAAAACCGCCUCCGUCAACCGAACGGCUCGAAGCUCGCGCCCACCGACGGCUCCUUUGAUCGCUUCUCCUUCCCCCCCCCCACGCGCGGACCUCCACCUGAGCGGUGCGUUCAAAGACAGCCCCCCCCCCGGAAACUCCGCCCGUUCACCUGAGACGCACGAGGACGGCGUUUGCAUGAGACUGUCGCCAGAUAAAACCAGCGGCUGCACCUCGGCAGAAGGAAGCGGUGAGGCCCAGACCCCCCCCGAGCCGAGCCCGAAGCGCGGCAUGUCGCUCGGCGCGUUCCACCUCAUGCAGACCCUGAAGAACUCCCCCGCCGCGCUGCGGCGCCGCUUUCGCCGCGACCGCACCGAGUCGCUGUCCCACGGCGACCCCCUCUUCAAGGUCCACUACCUGGGCACGGAGAAGAUCUUCUCCCUGGACCGGGAGCAGGCCCAGGACGCCAUCGGCCGCCUGCUGGACGGCGGCGGCGGCGGCGGCGGCAAGAGCCUGGGCAAAGACCACGCCCUGGUGGUGCGGCCGCGCUACGUCGAGGUCAAGGAGCUGAGCACGGGCCGCCAGCUCACCAAGACGUACCUGCAGGACAUCGCGUACUGCGCCGCCGACUCGGCCCGGCCCAACGUCUUCCUGUACAUCUGCAAGCACCAGGGCCAGCAGCUGCAGUGCCGCGUGUUCUGGUGCAGCCGGGCGGAGCGGGCGCGGGACAUGACGGCGUGCCUGGCGCUCUCCUUCCAGCGGGCGCUCAGCGACCUGCAGACGGGCGGCUCGGCCACGCUGCAGCCCGCCGAGGCCAAGGCCAAGGGGAAGGGGAAAUGGAAAUGGGCGGCGGCGGCGAAGGAGACGACGACGACGACGACGAAGGCGAAGAGUAAGACGAAACCCACGACGACGACGAACCCCCCCGCCCUCGCCAAGAGCUCCACGCUGCCUGGCAGUCUGGGAAAAGUUCGCUGGAACAAGAGGGUCUCCUCUGCGUCCCGCAGCCCCCUCAAAGCCAUCACCAGGAGGGGGUCCGCCUCCGACAGCUGGAGCUGAACCACAGGCCUGAAAUGAAGGACAAGUGGGAUGGGAUGAUUAUUUUUAUUUAUUUUUUGCACAAGCGGUGACGGCUGAAGAAGACAACGCUGUCGCCUGCUGCCUUUUGCCACGUGAGGACUUGGGACUGGUUCAUUUCCGUGGCUCUCCUCCUUUUCGGUCCACUGGAGACAUUCGCCACGUUGGAGAGAGACUGUUUAGACUCUCGGUUGGAAAGAGACUUAUUAGGACAAGGAGCUGUUGGCCAGAAACGUUCCGCAGGUGACAAACCAAAAAACUGGAGAAAAAAAAACACACAACAGUUUAGAGCUGAUUGUUUUAUUUAUAAAUCUGUGACCGGUCAUGAUUAUUUCCUUAUUUUUAAUUUUUUUUUUUUUUUUUAACCCAUUGGCGCUCAUGUGUUUCCCUAAUUUUAUAUUUGGACAUUUGACAUCUGGACAGUUUGGACAGAAAAAAUCAGUUGUAUAUCUUUUUAUAGUAAAGAAAAAGACAAAUCUCCCUUCACACACCAAAGUAGCAACCAAAAAAAAAAAACCCAAAA